AUGGUGACAAGAGGACGAUGGACGUCGCUACUGGUUUCUGUUCUCUGUGUGCUGUCCUGUGAAGCGACCUUCUUCGGCGAUACUCGCUUGCUGCACACGCUGAGGGACGCGCUCGCGCAGAGGAGAUACGCCCUUCCAAGCUGGUUCGAGCCGCAGAUCCCUCCCUGCAACUGGUCCGGGAUAGUCUGCGAAGGUAACCUAGUUUACGGCAUCGACUUGUCGGGGACGGGGAUGGACCUUCCGAUUCCACCCUGCAUGGGAGACUUCAGAGGCCUGAGAAGGCUCAACCUCAGCAACGGCGGAUUCUCCGGGCCAAUCCCGGAAACUUUUGCGAACCUGCUGAAUCUGCAGUCGCUUGAUCUGAGUCACAAUCAGAUUUCCGGAACCCUGCCGUCGUGGAUCUUCGAUCUGAGAAUGCUGAAGGAGCUGGUGUUCGAUUCCUGCGAUUUCUCCGGGGAGCUUGUUUCUGCGGUGGGGCGGCUGGGCAACCUCACGAGGCUUUCUCUCUCCGGGAAUUCUUUCAUCGGGAGCCUCCCAAGCGAGCUCGGGAACUUGCAGAGCCUGGAGUAUCUUGAUCUGAGCAUGAACUCUUUCGACGGGAAUCUGCCUUCGGACCUGGGAAACCUCACCAGGUUGCUUCAUCUCGAUGCCAGCCGUAAUGGCUUCACUGGAUCGAUCUUCGGGGAGAUAGGGUACCUGCAGGACCUUCUUACUCUCGAUCUCUCGUUCAACUUACUGACAGGAUUCAUUCCCCCGGUGAUCGGCAGGCUGAAAGCCCUAGAGUCCCUCUGGUUGGGAUCGAAUGGAUUAACGGGGAGCAUCCCCCCAGAGAUCGGGAACCUUUCCCGGCUGAAGAUCAUCGGCAUCCAGGGUUGCAGGCUGACGGGGAGCGUUCCAGAAGAGAUAUCUCAUCUGAGAAGCUUGCUAGGGUUGGAUAUCUCCGAGAACAGUUUCGAGGGUCAGCUCCCUGCGGGAAUCGGAGAGCUGACGGAUUUGGUUUACCUCAUCGCCGCUCACUCUGGACUCAGCGGCCGCAUCCCGGAGGAGCUGGGGAAUUGUCGGAGUCUCAGAACCCUAGAUAUCUCCUUCAAUUCCUUAUCCGGUUCUCUGCCGGAUGCUCUUGCUGCAUUGGAGUCGAUCGGCACGUUCAUCGUCGAAGGGAAUCAGAUCUCUGGUCCGAUUCCCGAAUGGAUCAAUGGCUGGGAAGAGAUCAACUCCAUAAGAUUGAGCAAGAACAUGUUCGUCGGAUCACUUCCUCCGUUGAAGCUGCCAUCCUUGACGACAUUCUCUGCGGAUGCCAACCUCCUAACUGGCGAGAUACCGCCGCAGAUCUGUGGUUGCAGGUCGCUAGCGCUUCUCUCCCUGUCGGAGAACGAGCUCACCGGGAACAUCAGUGGCACCUUCAGGGAAUGCUCCCAUCUCACCGAUCUAAUCCUCGCCGGUAACAGACUAUCCGGCGAGUUGCCGGGUUAUCUGGUAGAUCUCCCCCUCGUCACCCUGGAACUGUCUCAGAACAACUUCUCCGGCGAGCUUCCGAGCCAGUUGCUUAGAUCGUCGACCAUUCUGGAGCUGUCGCUCAGCAGCAACCAACUCGCCGGCCGGAUACCGGACGCCACUGGAGAGACCUCCAGUGUGCAGCGGCUGCAGCUCGACGGCAACCUCUUCGAAGGAUCCAUCCCGAAAUCUUUAGGCAAGCUCAAGAAUCUCACCAAUCUCUCCCUCCGCGGGAACAGACUGAGCGGUGAGAUUCCUGCGGAGCUUUUCGGCUGCACGAACCUGAUAGCCCUAGAUCUGGGGGGAAACAACCUCUCUGGCCCGAUCCCUAAGACAAUAUCUCAGCUGAAGCUUCUGGACAACUUGGUGCUCUCUGGGAAUCGUCUCUCCGGCGACAUUCCCGGCGAGAUCUGCGCCGGAUUUCAGAAGAUGGCUCCGGCGGACUCGGAGUUCACGCAGCACUAUGGCGUCCUCGACCUCUCCGGCAACGCCUUCACGGGACCGAUCCCGGCGGGGAUCAAGAACUGCGUGGUGAUCAUGGAGCUGAAGCUGCAGGGGAACAAGCUCAGCGGUGGGAUUCCUCCUGAGCUAGUGCACCUCGUCAACCUGACCUUCCUCGACCUCUCCUCCAACCUUCUGACGGGGCCCAUUCCUCACCAGCUCUUUCCCCUGAAAAAUCUUCAGGGCCUCGUCCUCUCCAACAAUCUCAUCAAUGGCUCCAUCCCUGAUUCCCUUGGUGCCAUGCUCCCCAGCCUGGUGAAGCUCAACCUCUCGAUGAACAAGCUCACUGGCGGCUUCCCCUCUUCGGUCUUCGCCGUCACAAGCCUCACCCACCUGGACGUCAGCGCCAACUUCCUCUCCGGGCCGGUCGCCAUCCCCGGCGGUGUCGCCGGAGAAACCAGCUCCCUGCUUGUCCUCAACGCCAGCAACAACCAUCUCGCUGGCGGCAUCAGCUUCGCCUUCUCCAAUCUCACUUCCAUCUCCAUCCUCGAUCUCCACAACAACGAGCUCUCCGGCAGGCUGCCGCCCUUAUUCGCCAACCUCGCCUCAUUGACCUACCUCGACAUCUCCGACAACAACCUCGAGGACGCCAUCCCCUGCGGCAUCUGCAGCAUCGAAGGGCUCUCCUUCGCCAAUCUCUCCGGCAAUCGAUUCACCAGGUACAUGCCGGAGAAUUGCGCCGCCGACCGCCUCUGCCCUUCCAACUUAUCCGCCGACCUCCUCCUCCUCCCGGUGGUGGCCUACCCGGGCUCGGCCCGAGCUCUGAACCACUCGUCCAUCUUUGGGAUCUCCCUGGGCGGGGCCGUCGUCUUCCUCGCCCUGCUACUCGCCCUGCUACGAUGGAAAACCCGCGGGCAGAAGCCUCCCUCCGAGCUCCUCUCCGCCACCAGCGCCAGCAAGUCCUCCACAGUGGAGCCCGCCUCCACGGAGGAGCUCCUGGGGAAGAAGACCAAGGAACCUCUGAGCAUCAACAUCGCCACCUUCGAGCACCCGCUGCUGCGGCUCACCCUGGCGGACAUCCUCAAGGCAACAGAGAACUUCAGCAAGGCCCACGUCAUCGGCGACGGCGGCUUCGGCACCGUCUACCGAGCCGUCCUCUCCGGCGGCGGCAAGGUGGCGGUUAAGCGGCUCACCGGCGGCGGCGGCCACUUACAGGGCGACCGCGAGUUCCUGGCGGAGAUGGAGACCAUCGGGAAGGUGAACCAUCGCCACCUGGUUCCCCUCCUGGGCUACUGCGUCUUCAACGACGAGAGGUUCCUCAUCUACGAGUACAUGGAGAAGGGCAGCCUGGACCUGUGGCUGAGGAACAGGGCCGACGCGGCGGAGGCCCUGCGGUGGCCGGUGCGUCUGAGGAUCUGCCUCGGCGCCGCCCGGGGGCUCGCCUUCCUCCACCACGGCUUCGUCCCCCACAUCAUCCACAGGGACAUGAAAUCCAGCAACAUCCUCCUCGAUAGGGACUUCCAGCCGAGGGUCUCUGAUUUCGGACUCGCCCGCAUCAUCAGCGCCUGCGAGACCCACGUGAGCACCGACCUAGCCGGCACCUUCGGCUACAUCCCGCCCGAGUACGGGCAGACGAUGAAGGCCACCGCCAAGGGGGACGUGUACAGCUUCGGCGUGGUGGCGCUGGAGCUACUCACGGGGCGGACCCCGACGGGGCAGGAGGAGGGCGAGGGAGGGGGAAACCUGGUCGGCUGGGUCAGGUGGAUGAUGGCGCGGAGGAAGCUCGGCGGCGUGUUCGACGCCUGCUUGCCGGCGGCCGGCGCGCCGAGGGAGCAGAUGCGGCGGGUGCUCGCCGUCGCCGUCGCCUGCACCGCCGACGAGCCCUGGAAGAGGCCUACCAUGCUCGAGGUCGUCAGGCUGCUCAAGGAGAUCGACCUGCUCGCCGCUGACCCCCCCGCCACCGUCGCCUGA